GGAAUGUGAAAUAUUUUAAAAUUUUUCCACUAAUUUGCCUUUCAGAACCGUUCCAGGAUCAAAUUAACCUCAUGUCACAGCAUAAAACGUGUUCAAUAGCUGGUAUGAUAGUAAGGGUAUUAUCAUAUGGUCUGGGAAGACUGUAAAAGAUUGAAGUUGAAUAAGAACAUGGGAUAAGAUUAGACAGAGGAUGGCAAUCCGUGCACCGCUCCACUUUUUUUUUCAAUGCCUUGUGAGUGAGUCAAAGUCGAAGACAACAUGUUCUGGGUGGACUCUUGGAUGAGGAAAAUGAUGUUUUUCUUUUCGACGGGAAAAUCUUAUUGUAUUUUUGUUCCUUCUAUUCUACUUUUUGCUAAGAAACGCCAGUUUAUGUUGAAGUCUAUCAGUCUUAUCAAGCUUCGCAGACCUACAUAUUUUUCAAGAAAAGCGGUGGACAACAAGAAAGUACUUCAACGAUACAUGUCUGAAAGCAAUACAAGUUACACAGCUACAAAAUGGUUUAAACCAGAGACAAAGGUCCCAGUCGGAUACCCUGUUUUGAAAUUAUACAACACUCUUACCCAUAAUAAAGUUGAGUUUGUUCCGAAUGAACCAGGUAAGAUCAAGUGGUAUUCCUGUGGUCCAACGGUGUACAACUCCUCGCAUAUGGGCCACGCAAGGAACUAUGUCAGUAUUGACAUCAACAGAAGGGUGAUGCAAGAUUACUUCAAUUACGACGUGACGUUUAUUCAAAAUGUUACUGACAUCGAUGACAAGAUCAUCUUGAAGGCAAGACAAGAAUAUCUAUUUGAUGAGUAUGUGCAAAAAUUCGAAAAAAAGGUCUCAGAAGACCUGAUCACCAAAUCCAAGUCGUCACUUCAAGCAUAUGUUUCGAAAAACCUGUCUGAAUUUACGGGAAAAAAUGUCGAGAGUGAGUUCAAGCCAUGGGUUGAAACUUUAGAUUUGAAGGAGAUUGGACUGAGUAAGCCCAAAUUCCCAAUGCAUGUCAAAGCCGUCCUUGCCGCAUUAGAGGUGAUUGAAAACCCGCAAACAGUUCAGUUUGAUGAGUUUGUAAGCAAGGUGAAAGAUGUGAUUGUUCCUGUAUUGGAUGCGGAGCUGGGUUCAACGGUUACGGAUCCAAGCAUAUUCAGAAAGUGCUCCUCUUACUGGGAGAGACAGUACGACUUGGACAUGCGAAAGUUGAACGUGUUAGAGCCUACUGUGGUCACGCGUGUCAGCGAGUAUAUUCCUGAGAUUGUGUCCUUUGUUGAGGAGAUUGUGCAGAGGGGGUAUGCGUAUGCGACGUCUGAUGGGUCUGUCUACUUCAACACCGGUAAGUUCGACGGCAGUGCUAACCACCAAUAUGCCAAGUGUCAGCCGUGGUCCAAGGGCGAUAUGGCGUUGCUAGAAGACGGUGAGGGUUCGUUGACAAACCAGGCUUCUAUUGACAGCAAGCUCAAUGCUUCUGAUUUUGCGCUAUGGAAGUCCUCGAAGGCCGGUGAGCCGUUCUGGGACUCUCCGUGGGGCCAAGGUAGGCCCGGGUGGCACAUCGAGUGUUCGGUGAUGGGGUCUGACUUUGUUGGAGACAAGAUGGACAUCCACUCUGGAGGCAUUGAUUUGGCGUUCCCACAUCACGACAACGAGAUGGCCCAAAGCGAGGCGCAUUUCGACUGCCAGCAGUGGGUGAACUACUUUUUGCACACGGGCCACUUGCACAUCGAGGGCCAGAAGAUGUCCAAGUCGUUGAAGAACUUCAUCACGAUCGACGAGGCCUUGAGCAAGUACACCUCGAGACAGUUGAGGUUGUGUUUUGCGUUGGUGCAGUGGAACAACCCGCUCGAUUUCAAGGAGACGUUGUUGAACGAGAGCAACUCCGUGGAGUCGACGCUGGACAAGUUUUUCGGCAAGAUCCGGGCGUUGAAGCGGGACAACGAGGAGAAGCUCGACGGCGGGGAGAUCAUCAGCAAGAAGUUUGGGCCGCUGGAGAAAAAGCUCUUCAAGGACUUCGGCGGCAGCAAGGCAGACGUCCACGCGGCCUUGUGCGACAACCUGGCGGUGCCGCAGGCCAUCCGCGCCAUGAUGGAGCUUGUGAACAGCACGAACAUCUACAUGAAUGAGGUGGGCGGCCACGAGCUCAAGAUCGACCUGCUAGUGGAGAUCGUCAAGUACAUGACGAGGAUGCUCAAGGUUUUCGGGUUUGACGUGAGGGAGGACGGCCUCGGGUGGAAGGACGUGCGCGGCAGCGGGGCCAGCGCCGGCGGCGCCGGCGCUGCCGCCGGCAGCGUCGAGGAGGUCGGGAUGCCGUUCGUCAAGGUGUUGAGCAAGUUCCGGGACCAGGUGCGGAAGCUGAGCAUCGAGGGCGGGCUCGACAGCCGCACGCUGCUCGACAGCUGCGACCGGCUCCGAGACGAGGACCUGCUUGAGCUGGGUGUGGCCUUGGACGACCGCAGCGACGGCCAGGGCGCCUUGAUCAAGUUUUUGAACGAGAAGGAGCAGGCCGAGCUCCUCAAGCAGCAGCGGGACAAGGCUGCUGCCCACGCCGCCAGGCAGCUCAAGAAGGCCGAGCAGGCCCGCGCUGCCGCCGCCAAGGAGCGCGAGCGCCUGGAGCGCGCCAAGGUGUCGCCGCUGGAGAUGUUCCGAGGCCCGGGCCUGGAGCACGUGUACAGCCAAUGGGACGCGGACGGAGUUCCGACGCACUUGGCCGACGGCGAGGAGGUGAGCAAGAGCGCCCGCAAGAAACUCGUGAAGCAGCAGCAGCAGCAGAAGAAGCUGCACGACGCGUAUCUGAAGGAGACUGCAGUGUAGCUGGGCAGGAGCGUAUGUAGAUAGGUAGAUCGAUGGGUGUGAACAGCGUGCUCGAAACAACAACUUGCUCUAACGGC